GAUGGGCUUUGAAUCUAAUGCAGACAGCUGCAUCCUAAGUUGACAGCCCAGUGUGUGUGUUUGUGUCACUGUCAUCUGCACACUCACCAGGAGAGCACAGAGAGGCACCCAGCCAACGUCACUCACCGCGCUUUCUCUUCCUCUCCUCUCACUAAGCUGAAACAUUUUCCAUGCACCCUUAUACUGUGCCUCCUCCCAUUUGUCACGGCAGUGAAUUUGCAUACCGGCAAUUUGAUUAUCUCUCGACCGAUUUGAUCUAUUUCCUUUCUUCAUCCGGGGAGAAAUGAUGAAAAUUUGAAUUCAUAAAGGAUUGGCGACAUUUGGUUAAGAAAACUGACAGCAGGGAAACUCUGAGAAGUAGGCGAAAAUGUCUCGGCGGAGUAAACGUCUUGGGACAGUGGAGCAAGAGGACGAUAGGAUCAGCACCAGCAGUAUUGAGAGCCAUUCCUUAUAUAAAGAGGGUCCUACAAGGAGCCUGAGGAGAAAAGUGACCACCCUAAAACACGCACCAACCCCUCGCCAGUCUGCCCAUCACUCACACUACAGUGAGACAAGCUCCUACAUCACCAGAGACAAACUAGGGCAUACUUCUGAGCUUCCAGAGACAGACUAUGAUGCCUCCUACUGGGGAGAUAACUUAGUGCGCUCUCGUGUUGGCUUGGAGAGGUCAUACCAAAGCAAAAAUGGCGUCUCAGAAACACAACUCUCUUACGACAAGUCUACUUCAUCUUCUGGCUAUUCCUCUGAGGAAGAUUUUACAGGCCAGCCUGGGCCCAGUGAAGAUGUUACACGGCUUUCCCGUUGGAAAAGCAUGGCCAAGAGUGUGGCAAAACUGCCCUUGCUCCUGUUCUACUUCCCAGGGCGUGUGUUUGGUCUCCUGUACUGGUGGUUUGGUACCACAUGGUACCGUCUUACCACCUCUGCUUCUCUCCUGGAUGUCUUUAUCUUAACCAGGCAUUACAGCAUGCUAAAGAAGCCUCUGAUUAUCCUCCUUCUCCUGCUCUUAUUAGCUCUGCUUGGUGCAGGAUUAUGGCAUUUCUAUCCCUAUGGGCUUGGUGGUUUGACUAUCAUCCCUACAUCAUUAUUUUCUGUAAAGCACACACCCAAGGGCGAGGGAAUCCCACUGAAACAAGAGGAAACAAGAUCACAAGCACAAUCUCUUUUAUCUGAGGCAGAGUUUAUCUCUCGCAUGGAGUCAUUAGAGAGAAAGUUCCACAGUCUGGAAAAAGGACUGACCUUGCUCCAACAACAGAACAUGGCAAAACCCAAGGAAACAGAGGUUCCAAGAGAUGUUGGGGUUAGUCGGGAAGAAAUUUUUCAGAUAUUUUCAGAGCUGUCAAGUGAUAGGGAAGCUGCACUGAUGGACAGCAUCCAACAGCAAGAGGCCACAAAGGCCAAGAAUAACUUGAGGAACCUGAGAGAAGAGCAGCAAGGAAACCUUCAGGAAAUGGUACAGAAGAUGCAUAAUAUGUUUAAGGAUGUGGAAGCAGAGAUUGUGCAGCUGAAGACAGAUAUGAAAAGUUCUGCCACAGAUGACCUAAACAAGAACCUUGUGGAGGUAGAAGGAAGACUAAGUGGUGAACUUCUGGGGAUAAAAGAACAACUGAAGGCUGUAAGAAAGACUCAAGCGGAUUUGUCACAGCAAGUGGAAACUGUCCCAAAGCAAAUACAGGGUGUAAGAGAUGGAGUAGAAUUGCUCUUUCCAAAAUGGCUUCGGACCCAAAUGGAAGAUGGUAGAACUGGACCUCUUGCUGAGCUCUUUCUACGUCGGGAUGAGCUCCAAAAACACUUGGUGGAGCUAGAGAGGAAGAUAUUGGCAGGCAUAGCAACAGAAAGGAAUGAAUGGGCAGCUCGUGCUCACACCUCUGUAGACAGAGAGUUGCAGGCAGGAGGACUAUCUGGUAUAACCAGAGAGGAGGUCCAUGAGAUUGUAAAUCGUGCAAUCCAAACAUACAGUGAAGACCGUAUUGGGAUGGUGGAUUACGCUCUGGAAUCUUCAGGAGCCAGUGUCAUAAACACAAGAUGUUCUGAGACAUUUGAGACAAAGACAGCUCUUCUUAGUCUGUUUGGUGUCCCUCUUUGGUACCAGUCCCAGUCUCCUAGAGUCAUUCUUCAGCCGGAUUUGAACCCAGGAAAUUGUUGGGCUUUUCGAGGGUCUCAGGGUUAUGCAGUUAUUCGUCUGUCCAGCCCUAUCCACCCAACAGCAGUAACUAUUGACCACAUACCUCGCUCCUUGUCACCUAAGGCCACCAUUUCCAGUGCACCCAAGGACUUCUCUGUCUAUGGUUUAGAGGAAGAGUCACAGAAAGAUGGACUUCUGUUGGGAAAUUUUACCUAUAAUCAGUAUGGGAAACCAAUACAGACUUUUUCUAUACAGGGAGGCGACAUACCCACUUAUCAGCUGGUGGAACUGAGAAUUCAGAGCAACUGGGGCCACCCAGAAUACACCUGUAUUUACCGUUUCCGUGUUCAUGGCGAGACAGAGGUGUAGCCAAGUGUAUGGCGCCAGACUUCAACAGGAAAACUGCAGCACCAUGCGGGAGUUCCACUCUGUGCAUCACAGAGCCCACACUCCCUGCUUAUUAUUACAGGCUUCUCCUAUGAGGAUCUAGUCUGAGAGCCAGUCAUAUUCCGCUUUCUGUAACAGAUCCCCAGCUUCACCAGCGCUGACAUUUAAAGACCAGAUCAGAAGGAGCCCCUUUUGCUUCAGCCUGUAAUAAGCUUUGAAUGCAUCUUAAAAUCCUACAAAAAGUUAUUUUGCUACACGAAGUAAGUUAAGUAAAAAAACAAAGUAUUUCUAAGCAAUGCCAAGGGAUUGGAGGCAAAUGUGUAGCUAUGUAAGGAGCCCUCCUACAAGCCAGACAGGACAUAGGAAAACAUUAGGCCUGCAUCUGUCCAACUGAGAAUAAUUAUAACAUAAUGUAACAAUGCAAAGUGCAGGGAUAACGCUUGUACUUAUGGGAUGCUCCCCCUACUCACUUCCCUCCUAUGUUAGUAGUGCUGCCCUCAUGCAUAGAAUGAAGGGGUAUAAACAUUUGUGCUUGCAAUUGCAGCCAAUGGCCAUUGAUAUGACAUUAUUUUGCCCUCCAGUUGGCCAGUGGCAGGGCUAGCUUUAGGGUAGAGAAGAAAGGGCAGGUGCCAGUGGCUGCCAAUAGUGAUGAGUGAAUCUGUCCAAUAUUUCCCAAACAAUUGCAAAACGCAUUGAAGUCAAUGGGCGUUUUUUCAUGGUGAAAUUUGGUGUAUAAUUUCACUCAUCACUGGCCGCUAGUAUGAAAGGGGCCCUAUGGGGUGGGGGCAUAGUAGGUAAAAAGGGCUUUUUGGAACCAUUGUUGGAUAUUUUUAUUAUAUACAUCAGGUGCAUCCAAACUGCAGUCCCCCAGCUGUUAUUGUACCUCAGUUUACUGAACAACAGCUGGAGGGUUGCAGGUUGAAUAUUACUGACCCAUGUAAUUUCCCCCCGCUGAUAUGGGCCCCAGCCUUCUCUUUCUCUGCUCCUGCUAAAAGUAUAAAAGAUCUUCGUUAAUAAGAAAUAACAAGUCACAUGACUAAGGUAGUUUUAGGAAGAUGUUUUUCAAAAGUUGUGGUUUGGUUGUACAUGUAUAUAUAUGUAUUUGUUCUUAAUUUGCACUUAACUGCCUGGGUUUAUGCACUGGUAAUUUAAUGACAUGGACUGACCUCCCCCCAGGCAGUAUUACAUGGAAGUUGUCACAGUAUUAAAUUCCCAGCCAAACUGAAGUUCUGUACAUGAAGUUCCAAUUGGGUAUUCCACACCGGCGCAAUAAUCAUAGAAAGGAAUCAAGGCAAUAGCACUGGGUCGUUCCCACUAUAGGCACAUCCGGACUGCUGAAUCCAGCUCCAGCUGAACUUCCACCCCAUGGCAUCCUUCAGCGGCUGGAGGGCCACAGGGUAGAAACCUAUAGUAUUCUGUUUUUAGAAGCAAAUAAGUGUGUUCUUUGUUUAGUAUAUACACCUGUGGUCCUCCCACAUUUGCUGAACUGCAGCCAAAGGCAGUUGUAGGAUUCUGUGAGUUUUAGUACAGCAACAGAGAGGGCCGCAGGUUGGGCAUUCCUCAUUCACACAACUCUGGCCCUGGCUAUUUAAUGUCAUUGUAUAUUUUAUAUGUAUAUGUGUUCCUUUGUGUAUCUGGAGUUGCACUGCCCUGCUUAUGUUAUUCUAGUUACUUCCUCUCCUAUUGCCAUUGCCCAGUCAUAAGUCAUUUAGUAAGGUGUCCUAAUGUUAAUUACCACUGAAUUUUUCUAGCCUGUGGCACACCUUGCAGUCUGACAUUUUGACAAGGGCUAUCGUAAGUAAUCAUGGGCCCCCAUAAUACUAAGUUAUCAGCUCCCUCCCACCCCAGGAGGACCCAAUAAUUAGCACUGCCAAUAAGCAGAAUGAAGCUUCAACAAAAAAUAAUAUCCCAUGCAUGCAUGUUCAUGUCCCUGGUCUGCCUGGCCACACCCCAUUAUGCCAAAACCCCAAUUAUUCACCCAGACCCCACCCCAUUUACAACCUGCAAAUUACACAUUUGAGUUUCUUCAGGCACCCCUGUGCCAUAGCGUCCCACCUUGAUAGCAGCCAUGAUUCUGAUGUGCUCUCAGACAGCAACAGUAAAAUACUGCCUGGCAGAGUGAGUAUCUCUGGGUUCCAAAUGUCACUGCCAGCUCCUGCCAUGGGCACACUUUUCCCCUUUCUUUUGAAAGCAGCACAGCAGUCUGAUCACUCCUACCUGCUGUCAAACCAUGGGCAUUUAAAGAGAGAUAGAGACAGGUAUUGGUACAUUGUACUCCAACAUUACAAGCCCCCCAGGUACCAGAUCUUUUACA